AUGGCGUCGGCCUCAGAUCCGUCGGUGCUCCCAGCGAACGCAGCACAGUUGAGGGAACAGAUUAUUGCUACAACGCAACGUUUUUUCGACAGUCACGGCAUUCGCAUCAAGACUAGAAAGCUACCGGUUCAAGCGCCCGGCUCUUCAGGGACUGUCUCAGGCUCAAAGGGUGAAGGCAACUCGUCGCGAAGUCGUCAUGGUGGAGGCCGGUCGGCACAAGCGGACAGCUCAGGCCAAUCUGCGGAGAGCUCGGCGUCCUCGACUUCCGCUUCGCUUCCUCUGUAUCAUUUCAUCACCAGGCAGAAGCUCCACAUGGCGGAGCAGCUGCUGCGAAACAAGUCUUGCUAUUUGACGCCGUAUAAUAAAAAAUCAGAGAAGCGCCAGAAGGCGUCCCCAUGGAUCAUGCAAGACAUGAGCGAGGAGGUGAAAACACACCUCGCACAAAUGAGCUCGGAUUUUGACGACAGAGAUUUCUCUGGUGUCUACCUCUCGCUCCACACAAGCCCCUACCUGGUCGACUGCGAGUACGGGAACCUCAGCCGCAGCCGCUUUGUGGGUUGGGCGCUGGUUGAGCUCCUCACAACCAACGAGCGGUGCCUGAAGGCAUUGUGGGUUCAUCCGGCCCUCUCUGCGUCGAGCACGCGCCUGGUGCUGCAGGCAUUUCUCCCUCGGAUCCUGGUGGAUGCCAUCGAGCUCGCCACCCCCGGCGUCAGCCCUCUUUGCCCGUGGAGGUUUUUCUAUUGCUGGCUGAACGACUUCGACCUGUUGCCCCGGGGAACGUGGCUGCUUCUUUCUGCGCCGCAGUAUCUCGCGCUUCCUGUGCACUGCGACAACUUGAAUCUCGGCGAAGAGGACGAAGAGGACGUGAAAGAAGAGCCGCCACGGGGGAAGGGCGCGAGAGGAGCCCCUGCCAAGGGCAGAACUGGCCAGCAGAGUGGCUCGCGAAUCGAAAAGGGCAAGAGAAAGAAGAAGAAGGAAGAAGAGGAGAUGCACAUCGGCCACCGCGACGGUGACGACGGAUGCGCCUGCCCCUGCCAGCAACCGUCCCGCUGGCGUGACGACUUCGACGAGAAGCUCGUAGGCUGCACAGAGAGCUUCAUCUACCGAAAUUUCAGCCGUAUCUUGGACAUGAUUCCAAAGACGGUUGAUGCGCGGUUGCAGGAAGACAUCCACGCGUUGCCACAAGAGAACCCAGAAGCGUUGAAGCGGGAGCAUCCGGAGACAGACGAGGAAAUUCGCACGGCAGAGACAUUCGGCCUUGACGACGAUACAGUCAUGGGGUUGUUAGAGAAAGUGUAUGGUCAGUGGCGGACUGGCAGGUUCAAGCGCAGCGACCUGGAAGACGAGGAGGAAGAGGCACGGCCCCACGGACGGAGGCGCUUGAACGGACACAAGCAUGACUCUGGGCACGGAAAAGAGACCAAGACGGAGGCUGACGAACAUUGA